UGCAGCUGUUGGCGCUGCAAAUAACAAAAACAAACUAGAUAUUUUGAGAUAUUUCUUCUAUGGUCACAAAUUGCCCUGGAACUGCCGUUGCCGAUAAAUUAUGUUUUUAAUUUGAUGGAUGAUAAGAUUUUGCAAAACACCGGCAAUAGCUUUGAGUGUUUUAUACAAGAAAAAUAAAUCGUAUUUAAUGUCAUUUUAAGUUCACAAAAGGAAGAAAAACAUGAAUCACGAAUAUUAUGCAUAUCAGCCAGUGGACCUACGUCGCCCGCUGCUUUACGUUUCCAACAAAAGAACUAAACUUCGGCCUUCCGUUAUUCAAGACAAAGUUUACAAACUACUCCACGGUGUAGAGGCUAUAGAUGUUGAGACACAGAUGCGCCAAACCUUGGACAUUCUGAUCAAAAACUGGAGGAAAUUUAACGUGGGACAUGGUGUCGAUGAGGCCUGUCGAAGAAACAAAAUCACAGUACCAAAAAAAAGACAAGAUGGCCCUGUUCCUGAGAAGGUCGUGCUGACCUUUUUAUCAGCAGCAUUGCUGAAAAUUCUUCCUCAGAACUUCAUUGGUAACAAUAACAAGCAACUUAUGAAACUUGCUAGGGAUAUUGUAAAGGAAAAACCUAUUGUCUCUGUUGGUGAAAUAAUGAAGUACCUUCGAUUGGGGAAGGAGCUCUCGGAAGGGUGGCUUGGCUGCAUCCAUAAAAGAAAUGUAAAGAAAGAGUUAGUCUUGAAACUGGCUGUGUGGACGGCCUCGAAGUUAGUGCCUGCACUUGUUCGCUCUGCCUUUUACUGCACAAAACACGACACUACUAGGCAGACCUGCUACUUCACUAAAAGCUCCUGGCACAGCCGCUCAGACAGAGCCCUUAACAAACUGGUCGAUGAUGGAAUUUUGAAAUAUGUUGCAGCUGACAAGGCAGAGGCAAAGUCAUUGCCAGUGAUUCGUUUUAUACCAAAGGAAGAGGGAAACCGUUUUGUGGUCUACAAAAGAAGGAUUGGUAUGUUAAAUAUUAUUUAAAUUUCUAUGAAGGAUACAGUUUUUCAAAUUUACGAAAUGUACGUAUUAGAACAUAAAAAACGAAAGAUUGAAAUGGAAAUUCCGGACCCAGAUAGGGAUGGUAUGGCACUCCUAAAUAUGCACACUCCUCAUCCAGAUAACCUCUUCAACCAAUGGGAAAAAUUUACACGUUUUUACAAUAGACCAAGGUUUAACGAGGAUUGUAAACAGCCAGUCUUCUUUGUCCUGACUGACCUAAAAGAUGCAUACAGCACUAUCAACCAGGAAAAAUUGAUGGAGAUUUUGGAAGAGUGGAACUCAACUAUGCCCAAGAAAUUCAAAGCUCUUAUUUCGCAUCCAGAAACACUGUACAACUUGGACAUGCAGAAUUUCAAGACGCUUAAGUGCUUUGAUAAACAAGAAGGAGAAGUUCACAUUUCGUGCCUUGAAAUCAACAGUAAAAUAAACUCGAUGUUGAAAGGGCAAAAAUUUAGUUAUGGUUGCAAAGUCUUUGAGAUGAAGAUGGGAGUUGCCCAAGGACUGAAGAUAAGCAACCACCUCUGCAAUCUAGCUCUUCUUAAUUUCUGCCAAGAGCACCUCUCGGAAUUCCUUUAUCGUGAGGACACUGUCCUCCUGACAUUUUCCGAUGAUUUCCUUUUGCUUUCUCUAGACAAAAAUGUUGCCCUCAGGUUCCUAACCAAGCUGAAUGAAGAUACACCGAAAUAUGGUUGGAAGGUGAACACAAAUAAAGUGCAGCACAACCUUAUAAAUACACUCAGUCUCACAGGAGCCGAAUUUAAUGGCAACUUCUAUGAUUUCGGAGAGCUCGAGGUGCAUCCUAGCACAAAGAAAUUUUGUGAAGGCAGUGUGUACAAAACUUUAAGGAGAGUUUACGAGAGUGGGGAAAAUAUACUGAUGUUUUGGGAGGUUCUGUCACCUCCCCCUGUGGUGCGUGUGCAGCCUCUGAUGCUGCACUCAAUGAGUCGGCGUGCAAUGAUGAAUAAAGUCUCGGCUUUAGGAUACAUUCAGGCAGCAAGGCUGGUCGCAGGCAUCAAGCACUUUGGCUUGGGUAGUAGAACCUUCCGAGUGUCAGUGGGGCUUCUAGAUUUGAUGGCUGAUCACAUAUGUAUUGUGGCACCUAAGCAGGCUGUGACCCUCCGCACUAUAGAAGUGAAGUGGCUACUGUACUCCCAGUUUGAACGGCGCCUGCGUUCCUUGGCAGGCAUAGACUUGAAGUGGCGUUACCGUCUGCAUAACAAAAUACUUGUGCUAUGCCACCGCAUUAAACCUGAAGAUCGAGAGGAGCUGCAAGCUGCCCUCUCAAAACUAAAAUAUUAGCUCUUUUAAAUCAGACAACUGCGACUGGAAGAAACUCUUAAAUAUUUUUCUCUUCAAUGUCUUUUAAGAAACAUUGUGUGGCAAUCUGUUCAUAUUUAAAACUAAAUAAUACUUCAAUUAAAUUUUUAUCUGUGACAUUUGACAGUAUUAAAAUAAACUAAUUUUUGUGAUUAUUCUCAGUGUAUUGUAUUGAGACACUAUGAAAUAGAAAUUAUUACAAAACCAACAAUAAAUAAACCUUUCUAAAAAUAUAAACAUGGAGGGAUGCUUUUGAUGAGAAAAUACUGUAAUAUUACGAAUUUGUGCUAAGGAGGAGGUUUUUGUAGUCUGUAAAUAUAAUGAGUUAUGAAGUCAAUAACUGAUGAUGUUGACGGGCGGAUUUAAUCAGGUUAUUUGCGCCAGUAUGUGUGAUCGGCAAGCAGGCGCUCCUUACUCAGGGCCGGUCGCUUGGCUGCUAAGUGCUCAGCAAACUGGGCAGCCACAGGGUCUGCGUUAAGGGUUGCAAUUGCCACCGCCUCUCCACCUUUGAGGUAAUAUGCCUCAAACUGAAGCGCACUGGGAUCACCCACCAUGUGAAUUUCUUCGAAUCCAUGGCCAUACCCUAUAG